AUGUUGAAGGGUAGGGAAGGGCUGUUGUGUGGACUCCAGUCUCCCUCUGAAGUAAACGUAAGGCGUGACUCGGAGUCAUCAUCGGUGACAUCACCGGCGGAACCGUUGUCUCCAUCACUACUUUCGGUGGCCUUAACUCACAUCUCGUUUCGAUCAACAAUUGGUGGCAAAUAUUUGGCCAAACAUUUGAUGCGAUUAUCGCCUAAUAUAUACCACAAGUGGAGUACAAUGCCAAAUAGUGUGGAAUAUUGUUUGCAGAAUAUUCUUACUCAGCUCACUGUCAAAGACUACGAGACUAACACGAAUGCAAUGCAGUUGCAAACUAACAGUGAUGUUGAAUGCGAUCACAAAAUUGAUAAUAAAAUUCCUGUCACUGAAUGUCAACCAAAACUCAUUGACUUUUUAAAUGAUCCUAAUAUUGAGGACAAUUAA